CAGACGUGAAAUCUUCAAAUCUACCAUCACAUUUUGAUAAAUAUUAUAUUACAUACAUACACAUAUUCUAUAUCAACUUUUGUCACCAAAAGAAUACGUGAAACCAUGGCUUCAGAGCAGCUGAUCAGGAGGAAUAAGAAUUACAAUAACAAGGCUCAUGAUCAAGUCGAGCAAGGUCAGGUCCCACAAGUAGCUCACUUUGAAUCACUCACCGUCAUGCAGGAACCAGGUGGGCAACCGGGUUCCGCCGCCGUAGUCCACCGUGUCGAAGAAACCAUGUAUGGCACAGCUGGUGGUGGCAUACACGAUCAAAGUAGAACACAGAGAUAUGACACCCAAGGCCAGAGGCAGCAGAAGGGUGCACAACAACAAAGUAGUGACCAAGCCAGAAAGAACAAUUAUGGUGCAACCCAAACAAAAGCAGAUCAUAAAGGUGCACUACAAGCUGGUGACCAGUCAAAAAAGAACAAUUAUGGCGCAACUCAAAGAAGUCAAUAUACUGCAGAAAAUACCAGUGGAUUCACAGAUGUGGGUAAACGUGGAGCAGUCGCCGGAAAAAAUAUUGCAAUGGAAACCGGACAGACUGCGGCAGAGUUUGCCGGUAAGGCUGCGGGUGUGGCAACGGAUGCGGCAGUCACCGGUACGAAUAUUGCAAUGGCAACCGGAAAGACUGCAGCUGAGUUAGCUGGCAAGGCUGCAGGUGUAGCGGCAGACGCGGCAGUCACCGGUACAAAUAUUGCAAUGGCAACAGGAAGAACUGCGGCCGAGUUGGCUACCGGUGCGGCAGUCACCGGUACAAACAUUGCAAUGGAAACCGGAAAAACUGCCGCAGGGUUAGCGGGUAAGGCUGCAGGUGUCGCGGUGGAUACAGCUGUUACCGGUACAAACAUUGCAGUGGAAACCGGAAAGACUGCCGCAGAGCUUGCGGGCAAGGCUGCAGGUGUGGCGGUGGAUGCAGCUGUGACCAGUAAAGAUGUUGCAGUAGGAACCGGAAGGACUGCCGGUAAGUUUGCCGGGAAGGCUGCAGGUGUGGCUGGGGACGCAGCUUUGGUUGCUGGGUGGAGCGCGGCAGAGUUUGCUAGUGACACAAAAGAAGGUGUAAAAGAGAGUAUGGAAAAUUUGAACUAUGGAGUAGCAAGAGCUGUGGAUGGUACUGCUGUGGCGGCGGAAACAGCUGCUGAAAAAGCACUCGGAGUUGCGGAAACUGCAGUUGAUGCCGGCAAAAAAGGGGCCGGUUAUGUCGGGCAGACAAUGGUUAGAGGAAAAGAUGUUACAUUGCAAACUGGAAAAACUACUGCUGGCUAUGUCGGAAAGGCUGCGGAGAGUGCGGCUGAGUUUGCUAGUGACACAUCAGCUGGUGUGAGGGAGACAGUUGAAAGCGUCAACUACGGAGUCGGAGGUGUUAUCGAAGGGGCAGCGGUGGCAGCCGAAAAGGUAGGAGGAACGGUACUUGGAGUAGCUGGAGCAGUAGUGGAUAUUGGGAAGAAAGGAGCUGGGUAUGUCGGAGGCGCUACUAAAGACGCAACUUUAGUAGCUGGGCGGAGUGCGGCCGAGUUGGCUAGUGGUGCGGCAGCUGGUGUGACGGAGUCUAUGGAAAAUAUAAAUUAUGGAGUUGGAGGAUUAGUAGAGGGUACAGCUUUGGCUACCGAAAAUGUUGCACGAAAAACAUUAAAUACUGUGGUGGAUGUGGGCAAGAAAGGGGUGGAUGUUGGCAAGAAAGGGGCUGGCUACAUAGGAGAAAAGGCCGUUGCGGGCAAAGAUAUCACGUUGGAGAGUGGAAAAGCGGCAGCUGGUUAUGUGGGUAAGGGAGUGGAAGUGGUGAAAGAUGCAGCUUUGGCUGGUGGAUGGGGUGCAGCAGAGUUGGCUAGCGACACAGCUGCGGGUGUAACCGAGUCGAUGGACACUCUGAACGAGGGGGUUGCAGGAUUGGUCGAGGGUACAGCUGUGACAACCGAAACCGUUGCACAAAAAACAGCCGAUACAGUGGUGGAUGUGGGCAAGAAAGGGGCUCGCUACAUUGGACAAAAGGCCGCUGCAGGCAAAGACAUUACGCUAGAGAGUGGAAAAGCGGCCGCUGGUUAUGUUGGUAAGGGAGCUGGAGUGGUGAAAGAUGCGGCUUUGGUUGGUGGAUGGAGCGCGCUUGAGUUAGCUAGCGACACAACAGAAGGUUUAUCAGAGUCGAUGGAAGAUGUCAAUGCCGGAGUUGCAGGGUUUGUCGAGAACGCAGCUGUCGCGACAGAAGUAGCAGCUGGGAAAGCAACUGGAUUAAAAGAUACUGCGGUAGAUGCGGGCAAAGAGGGGGCGAAUAUUGCGUUGGAAACAGGUAAAAAGGGGGCGGGUAUUGCGUUGGAAACAGGGAAAACUACUGCGGGGUAUGUUGGCAGGGCUGCGGACGCAGCUCGGGCAUCCGGACGGGCUGAAGGCGCACGGGGCGCAACCGAGUUUGCUAGUGACACAAAUGCUGGGGCAAAACCCAAGGGGAUUGUGAUGGAAAGAGAGAAGAUUACUAUUGAUUCUGCUCAAAGAGGGAAGACCGAAAAGGAGACCAAGAGAGUGUACAAUGAAGGUUAUCGUCAGUAGGGUAUGAAGGACAUAGCAAGUGGGUGAAUGGAAAGAGAUUUCAAAGGUGUUGGGACAUGAAGUUGGUGAAUAAUGUUGACAUAGUUGUGAAGGUUUUGUUUUAAUGUUCUGUAUAAGUGUCGUUUGGUUUUUGUUGAAAUAAAUUAUUAUGUAGUUUGCAACUGUUUCUUGUUUUGUACUAGUCAGUUUAGUUUUAGUAGUGUUAUUGGGCUAUCGAGUUUUGUUAUACCA